AUGUCAUUUUUCGGGUUCGACUCUAGCGGGCGAAAGCCUCCUCGUGAAAGGAGAAAGCAGGGCGAAGAAGAAUCGCUUGACUUCGAGGAGACUUAUCAAGGUUUGGGUGACUAUGAGGAGCCAGAAGAUAUGCUCAAUGACGAGACAUUUGGUAAUGCGGCUGACUUGGGUACUGAUUUUGAUUUUGGGUAUGGUAAGGGCGAAUUGGAUGCUGGGACCGGCAGUGCUAGAUCUGAAGCACCAGCGCCUGUUUCAUAUGCGUCAAUUGCCAAUGCGAAGAUGAAUAGGGCUCAAAACAGUAAGCCAGGGUUUGAUCAGUCUGUUGAUAUGCAACCUAUGGAGUCACUCUGGGGUAACAGUUCCAGUAACAAUCCGCAACAACAACAACAACAGCAGCAGCAACAGCAACAGCAAGUGCCACAGCAAGUACCUCAACCACAGCAAUUGCAGCAGCCACAGCAGCCACAUAUGCAAGGUGUACCUGCUCCUGGUAUGGAAGGUUUGACGAUGCAAGCCUUGGAAAGACAACAGCAAAUGGGCAUGCCACCUCAACCCGGUUUUUAUGGUAUGCAGCCACCUCAAGGUCCUCAGAAUCCUCAAGGUCCACAAGGACCACAGGGGCCAAACUACGGUUUCAUUCCCCAGGGUUAUCCUCAGGGCCAGUACCAACAAUUCCCUGGUCAAAAUAUGCCACCUCCUGUCAUGCCUAACCAGUUCGGUAACCCUCAGUUCUCUAACCCUCCUGUUAACCCAGUUAACCCUCAGGAACAGUUCCAACAAAUGCCUUCCAUGAUGUACAAUCAAAAUCAGGCUAAUAUCCCGCCACAUAUGCAGCAACCUCCACAUAUGGCUAUGCCUCCUAUGCAACAUCAGCCUCAGCAUCAGGUCCCUCCUCCAAAUCAACAAGCUCAACCAAUUGUCCACCAGCAAAUGCCUAUGCAAUCUUCUCCGGCAGAUAACCAGGCUAUCUUGCAAUCCAACCGUGGCAAUCAAGAGUACCAACGUGUUAAUUCUCCACCUGUCCAAACUGAGAGUGAACAAGUCCCAACUCCACCACAUACACCAAGGGAAUACCGUCGUGGUCCAAGAAGAUUCGGUCCUCAAGACCAAUUGUCUAACGAGGAGUUGAGACGUUUACAAAUAAGACAAGCAAAGGUUGAUAAGAUUCUAAGACACUCAGGUGUUAUGACCCCAAGAGAUAAAGACUUCAUUACUCGUUACCAAUUAUCUCAAAUCGUCACUGAUGACCCAUAUAAUGAAGACUUUUACUUCCAAGUUUACAAAAUCAUUCAAAAGGGUGUUACAGCUUCAGAGUCUAACAAAGAUUCUAUCGCUAAGGCCUAUUUGGAACACUCUGGUCAUAGAUUAGGUGGCCGUUAUAAGAGAACUGAUGUUGCUUUGCAAAGAAUGCAAUCUCAAGUUGAAAAAGCUGUUACCGUUGCUAAGGAAAGACCACAAAAGAGUAAGGAUGGGUUGGAUAAUGCUAAGGAAGGUGUCUUGGGUAAAAUAUCUGCUACUAGAAACUCCAAGGCUCCAAGAAAGCAAUUGCAAAUCCCAACUCAUAAAGAAGACUCUCCUGCUCCAAACUCUCAACCAGGAUCAGCUCUAGACGAAGUAACUGAAUCUUUGCAAGGCGUCGAUAUUAAUUCGAAGAGAAGAAGAUCAUCAUAUGCGCUAAGCUCCUCCGUAGACCAACGUUCAGUUUUGACUCGUUCUGGUGGUCGUAAGUUUAUAUUAACUUUGAUCGAAGCCGUUUAUGAAGAAGUUCUCGAAUUGGAAGCGCAAUUAAGAUCUGGUCAACAACCAGACAGUACAAAACUAUGGGAAGCCCUACAUAUCGAAGAACAUGGUUACGACGUUUCUCCAUUCAUUUCCAUUUUGUCAUUCGAUAAAGGUGUGAAGAUCAUGCCACGUAUCAUGAACUUCUUGUCGAGAGAGGAAAAGAUUAAACUCUUCAACUGUUUCUUCAAAGAACUAUCUCAUCUGAAUGUUAUUGUUGUCUCAUCAUAUAAGACUACUCCGCUACCAACUAAGGAACAAUUAAAGAAGGUUGAACUCUUCCAGUCUAUCUUCCUAAAGAUCAUCGUAUCUUUCUUGUCCAGUUCCGCUGAAUUCUUGGAAGUCAUGGGUCUACUAAUAAAUGUUAUCCAAAAUAACAAUGUUUCUUUUAUUACCACAUCCAGAAUCGGUUUGAACUUGAUCACUGUGUUGAUCUCUCGUGCAGCUCUAAUGAAACAAGAUGUUAGUAGAGGCAAACUGUUAUCCUCUAUGGAGGUAUCAACCUGGAGUGAAGUAUAUGACAGACUAUUCACUGCCUUGGAGACCAAGUUGUCUGCUGUCUUCCCUACACAAGAGUACAUGCAACAUGUCAUUUCGGUCUAUGAACAAGAAACUACACAAUAUGAUCAGUCUUACAUUUGGCAAUUCUUUGCUUCUCUCGCCCUAAGUGGUAAAUUAAACCAUCAACGUAUUCUAAUCGAUGAAGUCAGAGAUGAAAUCUUCGAUGUUAUCUCGAAGGCUGAAGAAUUGAAAAACACCGCUCAACAAGAUCCAAAACUAGUGUACCAAAGAAACAAGUACUAUCAGGAUUUGAACUUGUUCUUGAAUGUCAUGGGACUAGUGGCCCGUGAUGGAGAAAUCACAGAAUUGAAAUAG